CUUUAAUUUCGUACAGCUCCGGCGUUUGCUGACCACCGACAGCUUUCGCGCAGCCACGAGGGAGAGAGGGGCCCAUCAUUCCUUCGACCAGCCAUUUCCGCCCUCUGCUGCCACACGGCGCUCUCCGUCCUGCCACGUCCUCGGCUCUCCCCUUCUCUGACACUAUGAGGACGUCACAUCAGAUGGCGCUUGUUCGGUGACACAGGGGCCCGAGCAGGCACCCGCGGCCCUUCCCUUACGUCACCGAGGGGAGAGAAGCGCCUUCUGUCCCUCUUUGUCCUUCUGUAACGCUGCCCGGGCGGCCCUUGUCUGGCUUUUUUCGGUGUUUCGGUGCGGUUUUCCUGCCUGCUGACGCCUGCAUCGCUCAGGUGGGUCACUGCUGGGGCGAAAAGCCGCUAGAAAAGCACUUUUCUGAUGUGUGGCGUUGUUUGUUCUCUCCUCGCUUCUUCCACUCAGGGAUGUGUGUGGGGUGCCCGUCUGCCAGUGGUCUGUAGAUGGUCGGCCUGUGCAUCGUGCUGACCUGCUUCGCCCUGACGUUUCUGCUGCUGUGGUGUCGAUACUGCCUCUUCCCCAACAACACCUACCUCAAACCAGUGCCUCUCGUCACCCCGCCCACACCCAACACGCCCGCACUCUCCAUCUCGCUCGGCAACAGCCUCCAGCCAGCUGCAGCGUCCGACCUCCGCCGAUCUGUGUCGCCGUCCGGCUUGUUUUGGUCCGCUUCGACAGCUGCCGAGGAGGGAGCCGUGUGAUGCUGCCGGGCAUCUAGGAUUGGCUCUCUGUGCACACGAGGUGGAGUAAGAGAGAGAGAGAGAGAGAGAGCCAUGAAGCCAUCCGGAACAGCAGCAAGGACAGACAAGCAAACGAGCAACAGCAAUAGCAAUGAGGGUGUGAAGAGGGACGACAGGCCUCAUGUGGAGGGCGACAAGGCGAGGGAGAGGGGACCACACACCAGCCACAGCAACCACACCCAGCAGCAGCAGCAGCCGCCGCCGGCUAAGGGCCACCCACCCCCUGUUGCUGCUACAGUCCCCGAGAGCAUCUCUUCCGUCCCUCUGCCGCCGUCCAUCCCGCCCCCGCCCCCUCCUUGCCCCCCCUACGCCUAUCUGACGCACCACCAAAUCAACCUUCAUCCUCACCCACACCCUCACCCUCCCCCACCGAUGCCGGGAUCCAUGGACGCACCCUUCACUCAUAUGGUCAACGGCGCAGGGCUGCCAUUCCCCAUGAGCAUGCCUUUCCCCUUCCCCCUCCCGCCGCCGCCAACACCCGACAUGAUGAUGGAGAGAAGGAAAGACGACAGAGAGAGGAAGAGGGGGCCAGCCGGUCUGGGGCUGAGGGUCGACACCGCGGCCGCGAGGAAGGCGUCGCUCGCGUCAGUGGUGCCGGAGAGGCUGUCGUCGCCUCUGUCGAGCAGCCCCAGCCCUCCCUUUCGCAACACCUUUGUGGACAUCCCCAUCGACUACGACAGCGACGGCGACGAUUCGUCCCUCAGGGAGCCCAUGACCGCCCCACCCCCGAUCAGCACCAUGGCCUCCACCAGCUGGUCGACCUCGUCCUCAUCUCAGUCGUCGCUGCGGCUGUCCUUCGCCCCCCGCCCGCCGACCCAGAUCCCCUCGCCGUUCCGGCACAUCAGCCGGCAGACGACGCGCACCCCCGCCGCCAAGCGGAGUGCGUCGCUGCCAGAGGUCGAUGGGUCGACGUGUGACGCGGUGCAGAGGCAGUUUGUGGCGGCGUAUUUCAAGCCCCCGCACGUCAGCGUGGGCAACGUCAAGGGCAGCAGAUCGCGGCUGCCAUCCCUCGACGCCAAGGAGGGGGUCAGUGUCCGUGAGGGCGACACGAGGAUGGCCAUGGGUGUGGCGAGGCACACGUCGAUGCCCAACCUGCCCAUGCCGAUGGAGGGCAUGUCCCCGAUGCCCCCGCAGUGGGCGCCCUUCGGUCCGCCUGUUGGUGCGAUGCCGAUGCCGCCCUUCCCUCUGCCGUUCUCAGCCAUGGGUAUGAUGGGCGCCGGCCGGCCGAUGGGCCCCCAGGACGGCGGGGCGUUCGGCCCUUUGCCGUUUCCCUUUGGGUUUGGGAUGCCCCUGCCCUUCCCUUUCAAUGUCAAUAUCCCCAUACCGAUGAGCAUGCCGCCGUCACCCAUGCCACCCAUGCCCGUGGACACACAACAGCACACGGAGAGGAAGAGUGACAAGAGGGACGGUGGUGGUGGUGGUGGUGGUGGGGUGGUCCCUCCGCCGCCGAUGGUAUCCCCAUCUCUGUCAGCCCCCCUGCCGCCCAUCCCGCCGCCGCCCUCACACGUGCCCAAGCAGCCACAGCCGCGGCACAAGGAGGAGAGGGAGGUGGUCAGCCCGCCACCGCUCCCACUCGCCGCCCGCAAGAGUGUGGCGGCCGAGGAGGGGCACAUCAAGCAGUCGCCAUCAUCCAACAAGCGUGAGGAUGCGGCCAUGGGGAGGGGGAAGGAGAGGGACGCCGACACAAGACACGGACACGACAGCGAGGGAGGGAGCAGCAAGAUGACCACAUUGCGGGCGCACCACCAGCACCAACAUCACCACACCAUCCCCUCCAAGACCCUCCGUCUCUCAUCCGGCCGCCUGGAUGAGCCCCCCAACGGCGGCAUGGCCCACCCCAUCACGCCCACAGGCGCACCCUUCACCCCGUCCACCGCCUCGCCAUCGAGCGACGUCACCUACCGCCUCUCCUCUUCAGGCACCACACCCACCGGCACCGAGGGCGGCGAGACCACCGCCCGCUCAUCGGCUGGGGGCUGGGAGGGGGGGCGUAGUCCGUCGGACAACAGCAAUGGCAAUGGCAAUGCGUUUUGGUAUCCGCCGUCGAGGGGCAAGAGUUUGACCACAGUUGGGGAGCAUGAAGUGAUGCGCGAUGGGGGCGAGGGUGAGGAAGGCAGCGGGGUGGCGGGGGGUGACGGGCAGCUGGGUGCUUACGCCGAUAUGGACAGGGAACUGCUGCAGCAGCAGCAGGACAAUGACGACGAGAGAAACAGCGUCAGGAUACUCACUGGUACUACUGAUGGAUGGAUGGAUGGAUCCCCGCACACACACACACAGACAAAUCGAUGCGUUAUCGUUUGUGUCUUUAUCUGGCUGGGCUGCAGAUGAGUUGUUGACCCAGAUCCCCCGUGACGAGGAUGGGAAUCUGUUGUCCGUGGGAUCCAUCGCCCACGCCAAGGGCAACUGCAAGCCGUGUGUGUUCGCGCACAAGAAGGGCUGCCGCAACGGCAUCAGGUGCCUCUUCUGCCACUACCCCCACGCCCCCAAGAAGCGCAGCACCACCAAACACACCCAUCCCCACGCACACCACUCCAUCAACUCAGCAGCCAGAAGCGGACUGGCAGCCCUCAAGGCCGGCGGACUGGGCGUGGGCGUGGGUGUCGACACCGAGACGCCCCCCUCCAAGCCUUCCACCCCAUACCCGCGCCCCUUCGCGCUAUCGCGGCCUUGCCCCCUCACCCCAUCAUCUUGCCGAGUGGAUCGGUCGCUGUCGUCGCCACUGCCGGACCCCUCGACCAUCAAGCAAAUGAAGACAGCCCUAGAUGGUGGGCCACACACGCCCUCGUCCGCGCCCCCAUUCACUGGCGGCCCGUCCCUGCCGAUCAUCACGACACACGCCCACCACCUGCACCACGGCCAUGGGCACGGACACGGCCAUGGCCACGGUGAUGGUGGCAAGGCGGCGUUCUUGCAGGGGUUCCCGGUGGGUGGGGGUGGUGGGAGCGGGAAGGGCAAGGAGGGCCAGUAUGGCAUGAUUUCGCCUCUGUACGAGACACCCCACCACUCGUCGUAUCGAUACGCCCACAUGCCGCAGCCGUACCAUGUGACGGUGAGCAAGCGACAGAGCGAGAAGAGGACUGUGAUGCACUCUGUGUGUUUGUGUUUGUGUGUGUGUGUUUGUGUUUGUGUUUGUGUGUGUGUGCAGAAGGAAGCGCAGCGUCCUCCGUCACCUGAACGGUCAGGCUAUCCACCGAAACGCAUCGCUUCACAGGUGGGUGAACACACACACACACCCGACACAGGUGGUCUCGAUGAAUGAUACCAGCGUGUUUCUGGCUUUCGUGUGCCUCGAUCCGAUCUGCUGCAGCCUUUCUAGCCACCUGACUGCCUCCCUAUGUGUGUGAGGCGGCAACGAUGGGCGGGGAUGGGGGAGAGGGGCGGGGCAAUGAUGCUAUAGAUCAUCGUAUUCAUGUCUGCGCGGCUUGCGCGGCUGUCUCUGUCUGUCUCUUCAAUCACACAUACAGAUACACACGCGUUCGUACGCACACACACUGUCUGUCUGUCUGUCUGACCGAGAGAGACUGCGUGGCUGCCCCUGCACACGUGCUGCUUUCAUUGUUGUCAUGGUGACGGCACACACACACGCGCGGCGACCGAUGGAUGGUUUACUUUCUGGCACACGUGAGCACGGCUGCCUGGGCAUCUCUCUGUGUGUGUUGCUUAUGUGUUAAUUUAUCAACGAGGACGUGAGUGAUGUGACUGAUGACUGGGUGGGUGGCUGGGUGUGGGUGGGUCGUGGGUGGACGGGGUACGGGGUACAGUACCAGUAAUUCGCGAUCGGCACACAUCCAUCUCAUACAUCAAUGUCUGCUUGCGUCACGGGGGCCAGCUGGGUGAGGGAGAGGGAGGGAUGUGGAAUGCACCAUCACACACCAUACGGUUGGUCUCAAGAGAGCAUCACACUGCAGCAUUGACACGACGUGUACCACGACGAUCAUGCGGUUGUGUAUGUGUACAUGUGUACAUGUACAUGUGUAUACGUAUACGCAUGCACGCAUACGUAUGUGUAUACGUAUGUGUACGUAUUAUGUAUACGUUUAUGUACAUGUGUGUGAAUAGUGCAGCAGCCGAUCGGAUCGAGCGAUCCAACAUCACAUUGUGCAAGUACUAAUUGACGGACAGAUCAGAUGGACGGGUCGAUGGAUGGAUCGAUGGGUCGAUGGAAGAAGGAGUGCGUCUUUACGUCUGUAGGUAGGCAGGUAGGCAGGUCGGUACAUGUGUAGGUCUUCAAGCGUGUACGUGUGUAUGUCUAUUGCGUAUGUGUGUAUGUGUGUAUGUGUCUGUGCGUCAUUCAGUGAGCAUGCCGUUCAAUGAGAGCU